AUGAAGCUCCCAUUUCUUCUACUUUUGGCCCUGUUCUCACUGGUCCAUGGCGCAAUCGUCCAUUCCCACCAUCUCGGCCACGCAGGCACUCCUAACCACCGGCUCCACCGCGCCCUGACAGCACAGAGCAACAGUUCUGGGUACAAGUCUGUUGCUUACUACGUGAACUGGGCAAUCUACGGCAGAAACCACAACCCGCAAGACAUUCCCGCCGAAAAACUGACCCACGUUCUCUAUGCCUUUGCCAACGUCCGCUCCGAUGGCGAAGUCUACCUCUCAGAUACGUGGUCCGAUAUUGAGAAGCAUUACCCUGGAGACUCGUGGAACGAUGUGGGGACAAAUGUGUACGGGUGCAUCAAACAACUAUACCUUCUGAAGCAGAGGAACCGGAAGUUGAAGGUGCUCUUGUCGAUUGGUGGAUGGACAUACUCGAGCAAUUUUGUUGCUCCGGCGAACUCGGAACAAGGGAGGAAGAAGUUUGCAUUCUCUGCGGUGAAGUUGCUAGGAGAUUUGGGGUUUGACGGACUGGAUGUCGAUUGGGAGUACCCUGCAAACGACGGUCAGGCUAGCGAUAUGGUUGCGCUUCUGAGCGAAAUUCGAGCGGAGCUGGAUAGAUACAGUCGAGAGCGUGCCAACGGGAAGCACUUUCUACUAACUAUAGCCUCUCCAGCAGGCAAAUACAGCACCCUUCACCUAGCCAGCAUGGACGCUCUGCUCGACUUCUGGAACCUCAUGGCGUAUGAUUACUCCGGCAGCUGGGACACAAAGGCCGGCCAUCUCGCCAACCUCUACUCAUCCUCGGACAACCCUGCCUCGACUCCUUUCAAUACGGAGCAAGCUAUCUCCGCCUACCUGGCCGCUGGCAUCGCCCCGAACAAAAUCGUCCUCGGCAUGCCACUCUACGGACGUGGAUUCCAGAACACCGACGGACCUGGGAAGCCGUUCAAUGGCGUUGGGGACGGGAGCUGGGAGAGGGGAGUGUGGGAUUACAAAGCUCUUCCUCAGCCAGGGGCGAGUGUUGUCGAGCUGAAUAAUGUCGGUGCGAGUUAUUCCUAUGAUGCUACCAAAAAGACCAUGAUCAGUUAUGAUAGCCCUGGGAUUGCCAAGUUGAAGGCAGAGUAUAUUAAGAAGAAGGGACUUGGGGGUGCGAUGUGGUGGGAGACUUCUGGGGAUAAGAAGGGGUCAGAGAGUUUGAUUUCUACAGUUGUGGAUGCCCUUGGGGGAACUAACGCGUUGGAUACCACGGAGAAUCAACUCGAAUAUCCUGGUUCGAAGUACGAUAACCUGCGGAAGGGAUUUCAUUGA